AUGCAUUUCGUCGAGAAGCCCGCAGAAGCCCAUAUCAAUCAGGGCCAAAUCAUCGAGCCCCAAAUCAUCGAGCCAGAAGUCAUCAAGCCAGAAGUCAUCAAGCCAGAAGUCAUCAAGCCAGAAGUCAUCAAGCCAGUCUACUGUCCAGAGCAAUAUGAAAUAGUCAUCCAAACCUGGGCUCCCCUUUUUGUCGACACCGACAAGCUUACUGAAGCGGAAAAGAGAGCACGGGGUGAGAAGAAGGCCGCAAUCAUCGCCUCGACAGGAGUUCUAGUACUCGUCCUCAUCUUAGUCUUGGUGGCGGUGCUAUGCGAUCGAGAGAGAUGGCAUUCUACCAAUAGCCUCCCCGAAGUGGUAGCUGACCCCAGUGGAGACUCUUCAAUGCAUCUCCCCCCCGACUACGAGGGGCAUAAGCGUCAACCUCGUGAUAUGGAAGGGCUUGAGAACAUCGACAGUCUUCCACCCCUCGCGCAGUGCGAGACAGACGAUGGCUGUGAGCCAGAGGACUACUGCUUCGAGGGAUUUUGCUUCGAGCGCAUCGAAGAACAAGCCGGACAGGAGCCGGAGGAGGUCGGGUCUGGAGACAAUGGGGGCAAGAAGAAGAAGAGGCCCAAGAAGCCUAAGGCGCCUAAGAAGCCUAAGACACCCGUACCUGCUUUUCCCCCGCCCCAAGGUUGUGAGCUUUCAUCUCAGCCGUGCCAUCAGAAUUCCGACUGUUGCUCCCUAAAGUGCAUCAAGCACGGCUCUAAACCUGCUCUUUGCGAGCCGUGGCAGCCCUGGAGCUUGUGCAAGAAGAAUGAGGAGUGUUGGAGCCACCACUGCGAGCGCCGUUACGACUGGAUCUGGCGAUGGAAAGUGUGUUACCCUGCGUGA